AUGCCUGGAGGCGGUGCGAAGAAGCGAAAGAACAUCAAGCUCGCCCAGGAGAAGCAGGCUGCCAAGAAGGCUGCGAAGAAACAAGAGCAAUUCGUGGCUUCCCUUCCCAAGAUCACAGAGGUAAGGUCGGUAACUGUAGCCAGGCCAGGUAGGUACUGACAGAGAACGGUAAGGAUGAUCUCCUCAACUUCCAGAUCAAGCACUUUGGCGAUGACACACGACCCGCCGAGUGGUUCAUUUCCAAGGAGCGCGCCUUGAACUUUGCGGAUGAACAGGUCGAAUACGAGAACGACCUGGGCUACUAUCCGGACGGCGUCAAGCGCACUCUCACCGACGAGCAGAUCGCCAUCUUCCGCCGCCGGGAGCUGUACGAGAUGCAGCGCGACCAGCAGCGUGCGAGAGAGGAGGCCGCAGAGGAGCGCGCGCAAGACGGAGACGAGCCUCGCUCACCAGCCUCCGAUGUCUCCGAGCUGGAAGACGAUCUACUGACGUAUGCUGCUGCCAACUUCAAGAGACCGUCGCCCACGCCGCCGCCAGCUGCUGAAAACGCCACAAUGUCCCUGUCCACGCCUAACCCUGCCACUGCCAAUGGAGAUCGUCGCCCGUCACAGCAGACUCGAAGCGACAUGGCGGAGUCCUCUGCAUCCUGGAAGCAACGCCGCUCUCAGCAAGAAGUGCCCUACUCCGAGAGACACAAGCGGAAGUGGGAGUCCUACGUCACGCGUGUCGAUGAUGUUGAAGGCUCGAUGACCCACCGCCGCCUGGCGCGAGAACUCGACAACCAGCAAGACGAAAAGGUCGAGAUGGACUACUGA